GCGCUUGUUUUCAGUCGAAAGUCAUUCACGUUUAACAUAUGUGUUGUUCAGAGGCAGACUCUUCUCCACACACGAACUAUUGAACUAUUUAUUCUGCUGUAGACGCCCAUCACGGACACACUUAUGAAUGGGCCGUUGGAAAUAAAAUAAAGGUGUGUUGCAGAUGUCACUGCGGUAGUAGUUUCACUUUGUAUCAUAUGUUUAUGGUAGACGUAAUUGACACGCCUUCGCGAUUUCCUUACAGUCUAGUUCGCAAUAGUAACGCGUGUAACGAGGACUUACUGAACACAGUGUUUAUCAGUGGAUAUAAGUAGAUCAGUUAUUAUUGGUUCAGAUCGUGACAUUUAAUGCUCGUCAUCUACAUUUUCACUGGUCGACACUUUGUCAGAAGCUUGGAUUACUGAAAUAAUUUCUUACUAAGUGGUGUUAGACACCUUAGUUCUGAAUAUUAUUCUAUAGAUUAUUGGUCUGGAUUAUUUGUCUCACCACUACAUUGUUUUAUUGCUUUACUUAGCAGUAAGAUAUUUUAAAAUCAAUGUGAUUUUUAAGUAGGCUAAUAAUGGGCAGUGCAGGUCUGUUCAAAUUUAAUGGAUUAGUAAAAUGUUUAGGCCGAUCGAAAAACAUAAAACAAUGUUUCAAGAACAUUCAUUUUAGAUUUUAUUGAUUCCCAAUAGGCCUGAUUAUUUUAAAAGUGAUUUGAACAAAUUCAAAAUUGGCAUGGCAACACAAGAACAUAUCGCUUCUUCGCAUCCUCCGCCGCCAUCACCGACUCCAGAAUGGGGCACAGAUUCUGUGGCACUGAAAGACUAUGCCUCCAAAUUUCCUGUUCCUGGAUUUGCCAAAGUUGUUAAAGGGAAUUACAUGACCCUUGGGUCUAACAAAUUCUCAUUCCAGAAACAAUACCACGAGGUGUUCAUUCAUUCUGUUAAGGUAGGAGUCAAAGUUCUAGCCCACUGCUUGAGACGAAUGGACGCCACAACGCUGACUCGACGCGGUAACCACAACAUCUUUACUGCCACCAAGCUCUACGCUGUUGACCAGCGCCUGGCUAUUCCCAUUUCUUACCAAGGCUGGUUCGAGCUGUUGUCCGAAGACGGAAAAUCGGCCAGGCCCAUCGUAAGCGUCCACGAAUUGGCCAAAGUCAAGCCAGAUCGUUGUCUAGUCAGAGAGAACAUUAAGGCAUACAUCCUCAGUGAAGAUAGUAGCACCAGCUUCGAUAAAUCAAAGAUUGUCAUCGCUGGAGAACAACUUUUACUUGCUGGUGAAAUUGAGCUGCCAUCGGCCAUCGAAAAUAAAAAGAUAAAACUACUCAAAUGUUUUGAUUCUGAAGGUAAAAGCAUUUACCUUAGCUUUGACCAAAAAGGAACAUUCACACCCAUAGCAGCGGAAGAUGGGUUCACAGGUGUAUUUAACAUCAGGGACAUUGUCCGAAGAUUCAGACUUCCCUUGACCGUCAAGCUUGUGCAGGGAGUGCGGCCGAAGGUCGACCCGGCGAGAUUCACUGGCUUAAUUCGUUUGGACUGGGUCUACACGGAUGACACCGCCUUCGUUUGUCCAGUGGAUAAAAACGUCGUCCGCCUCCUUCCCGUCCCCAUUGAUGUCAACUUACAGCUGGUGGCUGCCACAAACCAAAAGGCUAUGAAAGCCAGCGAGCUCUACCGUAAUAUGAUGACCAAAUGCAAUCGCAUGAUAGCUAACUACAACAACACUCUCCAUCUGAUCGUUCAGGUGCCGGACGGUGUGACCAAAGGUAAAGGACGCACAAAUCCCAACGUGUUUUCCCAACAGCUUGACAUUCCCGUCCAUUCGCACAGAUCGAAGUCGAAAGAACACUUGCUAAUGGACGAAAUAGACGAUCUUUACGCUUAUGUUCGAGACGGAGGACCCCCUCCGAAUCUGAAAAAAUUUGCAUACGACUCCGACGAGGAGAGCUACUGGGAAGAACCGGCUUACGAACCUCUGGACGAGUUUCGAGCUAGGCUUCAGGCUAUAGAAGCGGGUCAUCGGGUCAACUACCACGAAAAAUAUCGCCCUCAAGAUCCUAGUAAACUCAACCUGGAUAGCGAAUUGAGAAAAAGUCGAGAAAAUUUACUGGACAGUUCGAGCGCUGAACACGUGGUCCAGCAAAGUAAGCCGAUGUCACCACCACCUCUCCCUCCUCGUCUUUUCAACUUUCAACCAGAUAAUUUCGGUACGGAUGCAGAACACUCUACCAACACAUUACCCCAGAGUGUUCCCAUCAAGACAUUUUCACAGAGUACCCACAACAUAACAACUGUGUCCAAUUUAGGAUUAGUAUCUUCUAAUCAUUCCUCGUCUUCCUCAUUACUCAAUCAAAAGAUUUCACAGAAGGAGGCAAAACUUGGCGGCGGACAUUUUUUCAGUCGAUCCAAGAGCAACGCCGAGGCAAUCGUCAAUAAAGAUCGUCUGAACAUUCCAAAACGAGGGCAAGGAGGCAGCCAGGAGUCCACUUCGACUUCCGGAAGCAGCGGUAACGGUCACCGAAAUCAUAUUGCCAGGGAUUUUAAAGACUCCGACAUUAGUUCCAUGACCAAAGGCGGUUCUUCGGGAUCAUCUGGUGGUCCUUCGUCAAAUAUUAGGAAAAAGAUGCAAACUUUAUAUUUGUGAUUUCUUUGAAACAACCAUGACUGGUUAAUUAUUUAAAAACCAUUGUCGCGAAUAAGAGUUGUUACCAUUGUGUUGUUUUUUUUUUUUUUGGCUAGACCAUAAGUAAUAUAUAGAUCUAGACUCUGCUACAAGAAGAACAUGUAGGUUUAUUCUGUAGUCUUCACUUUUUUUUUUUUAGAUAAUUAGCUAGUGGGUAGAGUAAAAAUCGCGAUUUGAUAAUAUAGACUAGAUAGCAGAGAUGUCCUUAGAAGUAGGGCUUGGGCGGAAACUUGGGCCAGUGUAUGAUGUUCACCCAAAAACAAAAUCUUUAUCUCAGGACUACCCUCAAGCGCGGGUUCUUGGGCUAGUAUAAGACUUUGAAAAAUCUCUGCAAGGGCUCAUUCAGGCGCUGGUCCUUUGGGCAUUUGUCCCACUCGCCAUUCCAAAGGCGCCUCUGAAUAAAGAUAUUCUAAUGCAAAACCUGUUCACCUUACACAUUUUUUCCCCUCGGGUUGAAUAUCUAAAGGAUGGGUGAAUGUAUUAAUGUUUAUAUAGUUUUUCCCUUGUAAUGCGUUAUCUUAAAGUCAAGUUUUCACAGUUAUUUAGAACAAGCUUGUCAUUUUGCAUACGAUAUUCAAACAAACAAACAAAAAAAGCAGACAUCUAAAUCUCCUCACGUGAAGUAAAAAAAAAAAUCAUUAAAGUAUCCAUUUAAAUUUAACAAAGGAAUAAAUAGGCAGUCAAGUCAUUAUGUUAGCGCCACCCCCCACCCCCUUUAUAGACCUUAUAUAUAUAUAGAUCUAAUUAGCAUUAUCUUUAUAUCUGUAUUUAAUUCGAUAAGAAGAUAAAAAGUUUCAUAACUCUAUUAUAGAUCUAGAUAUAGUUACUAGGCCUAUACGUAAAAGCGCGUAGUUCCAGCGUCGCCGGAUCAGGCGUUGGAAAUUCUUAUUUCAUAGAAUUAUGAAACAUUUGUGGGCUUUAGAAUAAGUCAACUCAAAAGAAAGAGACAUUCAAAGACGGAAUAAAAAGUCAACCCACCU